AUGACGAAAAACAACUCCCCGACCUCCAUCUCCCCUUCAGUCCACAUCACAGUUCUUACAAUCGCCACGCUCCUCAUCCUCUCCCUCCUGAUCCUCAUAAUCGGGCCCUCGCGAAUCCUCUCUGACUCCUCCCCAUCCUCAAACUGCCCACAAAUCUACAUAACAAACCCGCAACCCAGCUCCCCCUCCACCACCAGCUCCUUAUCGUCCUCCCACCAGAAACCCUGGGACGCAACACACCUCCGCCUAUACAACGACUCGCAAACCCUCCUAGCCACACACAAAUCCGCCCAGUACCCACUGUCAUGGGAAAGCAUGCUUAUCCCAACAAAGCACGGCGGCCUCAUAAUCAACGAGUCGACGAUGGGCCAUCUCGACAGAUACCCUGAUAAACCGGCGCAAAACACGCGCAAGUUGACGGCGGCGGUUACGAUGUUCCACCAGAUGCAUUGUCUUAUUAUGUUGCGGAGUUUGAUCUUCAAGGAGAAUAGUAUGGAUCAUGAGCAUGAGCAUGGGCCUGGGGAAAAUUAUUUGAAUGAGCAUACAGCGCAUUGCUUUGAGUACCUUGCUCAGCUUAUCAUGUGCGCGGCCGACGACACAAUUGAGAAACCGAAAAAGAUACUUCGCGAUGGUGUGGCGUGGUGGGACGUCGACGGGGUCGGCGCGGUGCAUCAGUGCAAAGAUCCCCGGCCGCUGUGGGAGAUGUUUCAUCGGAGUGAGGAGACGCCCGUCGAUAUGUCGAGGUGGCGAGACGGAAUCGGGGUUCGCGAGUACUUUUGGGACCAGUUGAAGGAUGGAUAUAGGUAUGAGAUGCCGGAUAUUUGGACUUCAGGGGUUAUCGGGUCGUUAUGA